AUGGUCGUUCUUCAAAUAGACAUUGCAAGAAGUAUUGUUUCAUAUUCGUUAGCAAAAGCAAGACAAAAUAUGUUGAAAGUGACUUUUCUUCUAGUAAUUGCUAUAUCGAAUCUACCAAGUUCAAGAAGUUGUAGUGCACUCUAUGCACAAUGUGGUGGAAAAGAUUGGAAAGGUUCUUCAGAAUGCUGUACUGGAUCAACAUGUAACUUCCAAAACGACUAUUAUUCGCAAUGUCUUCCAUCAUCUGGAGGAUCUGGUAACACGACACCUAAACCAGCGACACAAGCACCACCAACUGCUGGUCGAAAAAAUGGUGUGACAACUCGCUAUUGGGAUUGUUGCAAAGCAAGCUGCGGUUGGUCAGGUAAAGCAAGUGUUACAAGUCCAGUGAAAACAUGUGCAAGAAAUGGUAUCACACAAGUCGGUGUUAAUGAUGCAUCAGGUUGUCACGGAGGUAACGCUUAUAUGUGCAGCAAUCAACAGCCAUGGAAUGUUAGUGCAAGUCUUUCAUAUGGUUAUGCUGCUGCAUACAUAACUGGCCAAAGCGAAUCUAGUUGGUGUUGUGCUUGUUAUUCCUUGUUAUUUACAUCGGGACCUGUUGCUGGCAAAGAAUUAAUUGUACAAGUAACAAAUACGGGUGGUGAUCUCGGUGAAAAUCACUUCGAUAUCCAAAUGCCUGGUGGUGGAGUUGGUCUUUUUGAUGGAUGCUCAAAUCAAUUUCCUGAAGUUGCCAAAAGUUCAUGGGGACAACAGUAUGGUGGUAUCAGUCAGCGAUCUGAAUGUAACAAUCUACCAGCUUCGUUACGUUCUGGUUGCUUCUGGAGAUUUGAUUGGUUUCAAAAUGCAGACAAUCCAAAAAUGAGCUUCAAAGAAGUCCCAUGUCCAGCUGCUCUGACUGCAAAUACGCAAUGUGUCCGAAAAUAG